GGGAACCGGAGGUCGAGCCGUCCACAGACAAGGGAUCGGGGGCGGAGCGAGGCGCGGGGAGACAUGGGAGCGGGGGGCGGAGCGGCCCAGGGCGCGAGCCUAACGGCUGAAGCCGAAGCGCGGGAGACUCCAGCGGCGAGGCUCCGCCUUGCGUGGGUUUGAACGAAGCUCCGCCCCGCACUCCACCAAUCGGCGCUCGUGCGGCGGCGCCAUGGCGACCCUUUGUGGGCGCUGACUGUGAUCCCGGCGCCCGACGGAGUGGCGGGUCUGCCUUGCGGCGCCGGACAGGAUGUUUGCUAGAGGGCUGAAGAGGAAAUAUGGUGACCAGGAAGAAGGAGUAGAGGGUUUUGGCACUGUCCCUUCCUAUAGCCUGCAGCGACAGUCACUCCUGGACAUGUCCCUUGUCAAGCUCCAGCUCUGUCACAUGCUAGUGGAGCCCAACCUCUGCCGCUCAGUCCUCAUCGCCAACACAGUCCGGCAGAUCCAGGAGGAAAUGAGCCAGGAUGGCGUGUGGCAUGGGAUGGCGCCCCAGAAUGUAGAACGGGCACCAAUGGAUCGUCUAGUGUCCACAGAGAUCCUGUGUCGUACAGUGAGAGGAGCUGAGGAGGAGCACCCCACUUCUGAACUGGAAGAUGGUCCCUUGCAAAACUCGGCUUCUGAGCUUCCCAUAGUUGUCUCAGCACAGGGGCAAAGGAGCCCUCAGAGCAGCCUCUGGGAGAUGGACAACCCUCAAGAAAACCGGGGCAGCUUGCAGAAGUCACUGGACCAGAUAUUUGAGACCCUGGAGAACAAAAACUCCAGUUCAGUGGAGGAACUCUUCUCAGAUGUGGACAGCUCCUACUAUGACCUGGACACAGUGCUAACAGGAAUGAUGAGUGGGACCAAGUCCAGUCUCUGCAAUGGCCUUGAGAGCUUUGCUGCAGCCGCCCCUCCUCCCAGCUCCACUUGCAAGUCUGACCUGGCGGAGCUGGACCAUGUGGUAGAGAUUCUGGUGGAGACCUGAGAGGACACCCCAGUGGGCCAAGGACAAGGCCACCACUCCCCAUGGAGCUCACAUGUAUGUGCUGUGACCCAGAGACAGACAAGCACUUGUCCUAAGAGGGGCUCUGACUCUUCAGCCAGGGUCUCCACCUCUCUGUCUGACUGAAACUAUCCUGGACAGAUUUUCCUCUGCAAGGACUGCAGGCCUGGAGCUGCCUCAGGGCUAGUUCCCUUGGGAGGACAGAACUGACGCCAUCUCAAGGAACUGAGCUCUCUGAGCUUCUGGGUCCUGGGCUCAUUAUCCUGUUUGUGUGAUGCUGGAAUCCCUGUGGAGGAUGGUGUGCCACAGCUAUGUCUAGUCUAUUUUAAAUUAGAUAGGUGAACUUUCUAAAAUUAAGUUUUAUAUGUUUUGGGCAAUAUUUUGUCUUAAGAUAUAUUUUUUAAACUUUUUAUACUUUAGAUUUUUUUCAGCUAUUUUCUUAAAAGUAUAUUUUUUCUACAAACAUCCUCUGCUGCUACAUUAGAAACAUUUAUAACCUAAAUACGAUUGGUGUGUGUAAUUUUUAAGGCUUAAAUAUGAAACUUUUUUUUUUGUUAAUGAGUCUCUAUACUCCCAAGGCAACUGUAAAUGUAGCCGGCCAGGUGUUUACAUGAGAGGCUCUGUUAUGGUCCACAUUCUAGUCGAGUUUGAAAUGAGAACCAUGCACAGUUCCACUGUUCCCUCACUGCAUCUGUGCUGUAAGAUGGUGUGCAGGAUGGUUUUAUUUAUGCCUAUUUAUAUGUAAAUGCCACUGAAGGCUAAGGUCUUGUGUCUGGAAAUCACACCACCAGUUAGUUCUUCAGAGACUGCCGUGAGGCAGUGCCUUAUGCAGGGCUUGUCCUUGGACGCUACUGUCUGGUUCCCAGCCCGGCACUAUGUGACAUGAGGAUGUGACAUCACACCACCACCCAGCACCGCGUGUUCCAUGUCAAGUGUAUACAUGGAGACUGCUGGGUACCAGGCAUGUGUGUGCUUAGAAAGGGUAUGCAGUUCCCCCCAUGUACUCAGUACGAAAUACCUGUGUGUGCUUGCUUUUAAAAUGGUGCUUGAACAUUUUUAAGGUUACAAACAAUCUGACUCCAUCUAAUUUAGGGCUCCUCCGUCCUGGGGUGGCCCUGUGCUGUCUGCUUGGCUCUCAAGGUCCUGGCACCUGAUCCUGUGUCAGACCCCACCCUCAUUCAUGUAUACUUUUUGUUUCUCUUGUGCUUUUUUUGGACUCCCCUCCUGAGCCUAAGAGGUUUUAUUUUGUAUGUGUGUAUGACUAUUCUUCAAUAUCCACAAUGUAAACCUCACUUAUUAAAAGUAUCCAGCAAAUUGAA